AUGUUCUGGCUGCUUCACCCGCGUCAGUGCGAUGAGUUGCUCAUUCACCACGGUGCUUGCGUCACUCCAGCCAAAGAGUGCAGCCUCGCUCUCGCAGAGACCCUCGUCGAUGCGGCGGUUCAGCAGUCCGUGCACAAUUCCAGCUGCACUCGUCCACACGUACGACUGCGCCGGCAACCCAACACCGGGGCGGUACAUCGUCAGCACGCCACGCGCCACCGAGUUGGGCGCUUCAGACACCUCGCGGAGGUGCAGCAGGCCGGGGUCGGAAGCAGCCGCGUCAAGCAGUGCAACAGGGCUAUGCGCCUCGCCCUCUACGCGGUACAGUCGCGCGGGUGUCGACACGAACACGACCCAGAGCGCACUCACCCGCUCCGCCUGCACGGACGCCACCGGGCUCUGAAAGUUCACAGCGGGAAGCUGCAGCAACUGCCGGCAGGUCGGCUUGACAGCUCCGUCCGCUGA